CGCGGGCGCGCGCCCAGGCCGAGCGCCAGCAUGUCGGGGAAGCGCAAGCGGGUGGUGCUGACCAUCAAAGACAAGCUGGACAUCAUCAAGAAGCUGGAGGACGGGGGCUCCUCCAAGCAGCUGGCCGGGAUGUACGGCAUCGGGGAGACCACCGUGCGCGACAUCAGGAAGAACAAGGAGAAGAUCAUCACCUACGCCAGCAGCUCCGACUCCACCAGCCUCCUGGCCAAGAGGAAGUCCAUGAAGCCGUCCAUGUACGAGGAGCUGGACAGGGCCAUGCUCGAGUGGUUCAACCAGCAGCGGGCCCGGGGGAACCCGGUGUCCGGGCCCCUGUGCGCCAAGAGGGCGGAGUUCUUCUUCUACGCGCUGGGCAUGGACGGCGACUUCAACCCCUCGGCCGGCUGGCUGACCCGCUUCAAGCAGCGGCACAGCAUCCGCGAGAUGAGCGCGCGCGGCGAGCGGCCGCGCGGCGACGGGGAGCGCGUCACCGUGCUGUGCUGCGCCAACGCGUCGGGGCUGCACAAGCUCAAGCCCUGCGUGGUGGGGCGCGCGCGGAAGCCGCGCUCCUUCCAGGCGGCCGACACCGCCAACCUGCCGGUGUCCUACUUCAGCCAGAAGGGCGCCUGGAUGGACCUCUCCAUUUUCCGGCACUGGUUCGAUAAGAUCUUCGUGCCGCAGGUCCGGGAGCACCUGCGGGCCAAGGGCCUGCCGGAGAGGGCCGUGCUGCUGCUGGACAACUCGCCCACGCACCCCAACGAGAACGUGCUGCGCUCCGACGACGGCCAGAUAUUCGCCCGGUGCCUGCCCCCCCACGUGGCCCCCUCGGUGCAGCCGUCGGGCCAGGGCGUGCUGGCGGCCCUGAAGAGGAACUACCGCGCGGGGCUGCUGCAGACCAACCUGGACGAGGGCGACGACCUCAAGUCGUUCUGGAAGGAGCUCACCCUGCUGGACGCGCUGUACGAGGUGGCCGCGGCGUGGGGCCGCGUGCAGCCGGCCACCAUCAGCAGGGCCUGGAAGAGGAUCCUGCCGGCCCUCGAGGACAGGGACGGUCUGGACGUGCCCGAGGAAGAGACGUCCGUGGCCGCCGUGGCCAGCCUUUUACGGCACACCAGGGGGUUGGAGCACGUGACCGCCGACCACCUGGAAAAGUGGCUGGAGGUGGACAGCACCGAGCCCGGCUACGAAGCGGUCUUUGCGGGCCGUUUUGGAGCCGGGCCUCGGGCCUCGGGCCUCGUCCAGGCGGGGAUGCGGACAGGAAGCAGAGGAAAGCGUCGUGGAGCUGUGCAGAAGCUGUGCGCCGAGAUGCUGCUGAUUACCACAGCAGCGAUGCGCCUGCGAGCCGUGAUGCCGUCCGUGAGGUCUGACCGCACCGUGGCCCUGAGUGGCCCCGCGGGCGGGGCGGUGAGAGCGGAGAAGGCCCGCGGCACCCGGCUCCUGAAGCGGCUCCUGAAGCCGGUGAAAGGCCUGGAGGUGGGCACCGGCUCGUGGAACUGCGAUGCAGACAUGAACCCCAAAGACGGAGGGGCCGGGAGCCCCUGGGACGACAGAGGGCGGGGCCCUGCCGGGGGCGGCUGCAGGCCGCUGUGGUCUCGGGCUCCCGGCGGCCUGCUGGAAGUGGGCAGCAGGACUCCGCUCGAAGAGCCCCCCGAAAGGCCAGUCACUCGCGGCUGUCCCCGGGGAUGGACGUCCCGCGAGCCUUGUCGCUGUGCCUGCGGCCACUCGCCACCCUGGACUUCACGGCGAGGUGGGAACUUGUCCACGGGCAGUGACGUGGCUGCGGGAGCCCACGGCACAGGCCUCGGGCCUGCCCGCCUGUCCACGGGCUGGGCCAGGCGACGGCAGCGCACGCAGGCCGGGCAGCGUCGGACACCGCUGCAGAGGCCCCAAGUCCGGCACAAGAGCCACGGACAGGUCAGCGUGACGGGGGCGGGGUUGCAGCCGAGAGGGGUGCGCAGCCCCUGGGGACCCCCCGACCGCGGGCAGCUGGGGGAGGCCCCACGCGCUCCUCAGAUCCGGCCCAGCGUGGACGGGGCCGAGCCGCCCCAGCUCCGGUUCACGCGGGCAGCGCUCCGGCCUGUCCUGUCCGUCUUCUGCGUGGUGACGCUCUUGUGA